GAGCUCAGUAAGGCACAGGAAGCAGUUUCCAGUUUGACGUAACGAGAAUUUCAAAGAUGGCGGCGUUGGUUGCGCCUCGCCUGGCCAUGUUUGGCUCUUUUUCAACAAGGCCUAUUUCAGUUUUUGUUGUUCAACGGAAGAGUCUGCACAGCAGUGCUAAAAGCGAGAAUACCAGCACUAGUGUGGUUCCAGUCAGAGAGAAGAGCACGGCAGUGGCAGCAGCCAAGCCAGCAUCUGUAGCCAGCAGCAAGGGGGAGUAUGUUAUCACCAAGCUGGAUGACCUGGUUAACUGGGCACGCAGGAGCUCUCUGUGGCCUAUGACCUUUGGGCUGGCAUGCUGCGCUGUGGAGAUGAUGCACAUGGCGGCGCCCCGUUACGACAUGGACCGUUUCGGAGUUGUGUUCAGAGCAAGUCCCCGACAGGCUGAUGUCAUGAUCGUGGCAGGAACGCUGACCAAUAAGAUGGCUCCAGCUCUGCGUAAGGUGUACGACCAGAUGCCUGAGCCCAGAUACGUCAUUUCCAUGGGAAGUUGUGCUAAUGGAGGAGGCUACUACCACUACUCCUACGCUGUUGUCAGAGGCUGCGACCGAAUCGUACCAGUGGACAUUUAUGUUCCAGGUUGUCCCCCGACUGCAGAGGCUCUCCUCUAUGGGACUCUACAGCUGCAGAAGAAAAUCAAACGUGAAAAGAAGAUGAAGAUCUGGUAUCGGAAGUGAAUUUGUAAUAUGUAUGCGUGUAUCUGGUAUGUAAAUGUUAUAUUUCUGGUUUCAUUUGGAGCACCGCUCCUCAUCCAUGUAGAGCUGCAAGAACUAACUUCAAUAAAAUCAUUGCCGUAAUUUAGUUAAGUGGCACUUAUUUUCAACCAAACACAGCAGCUGGCACUCAGUGUAGUGUCGCUACUUCUGUAGAUCAAUAUUGACAUCUGAAGACUGUUUCUGUAAAAGGAAAAAACAUAUGUAAGUUUGUUACCUACAAGGUUUGUGCUUGUGUCAGAAUUUAAACUAUAAAUUGAAUUGUCUUUAUUCAAGUAGCCAUGUGCAUUAUUUUUCUCAUUUUUAAUGUCACAUUCAAUAGGUCAUAGACAUAAAAUAUGAGUGACAAACUACAAUAUAAUAAAUAUUACUUUCAAUAAA